UAGCAUGGGUCAACAUUUAAAAUAUAUAUAGGUCUGUAUUUUUUAUGUUCACAUAAAAAGUAAUAAUACAACUUUUUCUGGCAUUGUACACUGUAGAAACUUUGUUAUUAAAAAAAAAAAAAAAAAAAAAAAAAAAAACACUAAAAAUGUUGCAUUAUUGGCUACUGUAAAAUCAAGAACAUACGUUGUGACAACCAACCCCAGUAUGGGACCGGCGCAUUUCCAACCGUCCAAAUAUCAUAUUUGGAAUAAAGUUAUGCUGAAAUAAAAAAAAAAAAAAAAACAUCAAUUUGUACGUGAAGAGCUAUUCUUCAAUAUAACGAGGAACAGAACCUCGCAGCAUGGCACCAGAUUGAGGAGAAUAAUGAAGAGUAAAAAGUGUCACUACCAGCCCCGGUCUCCCCUACUCGUAUCUGGUUCAUGCCACAAAUAUUCUAAUAAAAAGAAAAAAAUCUAAGAUAUCAGACAGUAAUUAUACUGUCGCUAUAGUAGUCUAUUACUUUAUACCAGGCAAUAGGAGAGAUUGCUCGUCCCUUUAGACAGGUGGGCAGGUAUUUUGUCAACAAAUUGUUGGUUUUAAACGAUAUGCAGUAUGCUUGCAACUAUUUGCGCCCCCAGUAGGUCAGUAUAAACGAAAAAAAAAAAAAAAAAAAAUUAACUUCUGGAAAUAGAGCCACGUGAGUUGUAUAAAAACAUUAUUUAUACUGAUUUUAGAAAAUGUAUGCGUGUAUUUAUUAUGUUUGCAAUAUGGAUGAAUGGGGCAGUAUAACAACAUUACUAUUAAAGUACAAUUAUUACAAACUAUGUAUUUGACAGUAGGUAUAAUCUUAUUACAUCUGGUGACCGUUUGAAUAAACCCAUACACAUUUGCCUUUGUUUCAUUGAACAAAUACUGGCAAUAUUUAAAAACUAAACUGCCUAAAUCGGAAUAGUUUGGAUUUUACAGCAUACUGUAACGUCUGACAACAUUCCCCCCCCUCUGGUUGAAUUGACCAAUAUAUUUGUCUUAUAUACGACCCCCUAAAUACCAGGAUCAUGUGCUUACCACAAGACACGUGUAUGACCUGAUAAUCCAUCUCAUUAGUUCUUUGUGUAAACCGAUAUAAAUACCCCACACAGUGCAGUGAAACCCAAGGACGCAGAAGCAACAGCAUAUGUUUCAAAUAGUUUUAAUUAAUCUGGUGUGUUAAUUACUGCAUGUAGAGAUAUAGUUAAUUUCUAAAGAGAAAUGCAGCUGCGCCAUAUUUAAAUUGAUUUUGCCGACCCUAACUAGAGGAACAAUUCAUUGUUUGUUGAAACCCUAACAAAGUGACUGGAUAAAAAGUUUAUCUGUUAAUUAAAACAACCACACGCGCGCAUAAAAUUAGCGAGGAAUCGAUUUACAACCGUUCUGUUGAAGACAGUGUUUUCCAUAUGCAUGACGCUAUGCAUCGGUUUUUAUUGAGUUUCCUGUUUUUCUCCCUCUCUUCAUGGGUUCUUGUGAGUGCCCAGUUUCCCAGAGUGUGCUCCACUGUUGAAGCGAUUGUUUCCAAACAGUGCUGUCCUCCGCUUAGCUCUGAUACCGAAGACGCGUGUGGAUCUUCAUCGGGACGAGGGAAUUGCGCAAACGUGAGGGUGGACGAGAAGCCUUGGAGUGGACCCUACAGACUACGGAAUGUAGAUGACCGUGAAAGAUGGCCCACGAAAUUCUUCAACCGGACCUGCAGGUGUUUGGGAAACUUUGCUGGAUACAACUGUGGAGAGUGCAAGUUUGGUUGGACUGGUCCCAACUGCGAGCUGAGAAAGCCUCCUGUUGUUCGAAAGAACAUUCAUUCUUUAACUCCAGCUGAGCUGGAGGAGUUUCUUGACGCACUCGAUCGAGCAAAGACAACCACCCACCCUGACUUUGUGGUUGCAACCCAACACUGGCUGGGCGUGCUCGGGCCAAACGGGACCGAUCCACAGGUCACCAAUAUCUCUGUCUAUAAUUACUUUGUGUGGCUGCACUACUACUCUGUUAGAGACACACUGCUGGGGCCUGGACGUCCCUUUAAGGGAAUCGAUUUUUCACACCAAGGGCCUGCCUUCAUUACCUGGCACAGAUACCACCUGCUACAGCUGGAAAGAGAUCUUCAGAAGCUAACUGGAAAUGACAAUUUUGCCAUUCCUUAUUGGAAUUUUGCCACUGGAUCAAAUGAAUGUGAUGUGUGUACAGAUUCGCUUUUAGGAGGAUCACGUUCAGAUGAACCAGACCUGAUCAGUCCUGGCUCAAGAUUCUCAAAGUGGGGGAUUGUUUGCAACAGCCUAGAUGAAUAUAACGAGCUGGUUACUCUGUGUAAUGGAACCAAUGAAGGUGUGCUGAGAAGAAACCCAUUUGAAAGGACCAAUGUUAGUCUUCCAACCAUGGACGAUGUGCAGAGCUGUCUCUCCCUUAGGGAUUUUGAUAGCCCACCUUAUUUUCAGAACUCUACUUUCAGUUUCAGGAAUGCACUUGAAGGGUUUGAUAAACCUGAUGGCGAAUUCGACGCCUCUGUGACAAACCUUCAUAAUCUGGUCCACUCCUUUCUCAAUGGAACCAGCGCUCUGUCCCACUCUGCUGCCAAUGAUCCUAUUUUUGUGGUUCUGCAUGCAUUUACCGAUGCCAUUUUUGAAGAGUGGUUGAAACGGUUUGCUCCAUCCAACUUGGCCUGGCCUGAUGAGCUGGCUCCUAUUGGUCACAACAGAGAUUACAACAUGGUACCAUUUUUUCCUCCAGUAACUAAUGAGGAUCUUUUUGUGACAUCAGAACAACUGGGGUAUUCUUACUCUGUUGAUCUCCCAGGUGAUGCUUCUGCAGCAGCCAUUCUGCUUGGAUCUGUCCUUGGCGGUGCCUUUUUGGGACUUCUCCUUUUACUUCUGCUACUAGGUCUUUCCAUAAAGAGAAGACCAAAACAAGGCUUUGAACCUCUACUAAAAGCAGAGUUCACAAACAGAAAGUAUACUGAAAAAGCUUAGUCCCAUUUUGUAAUUGUAACUAGCAGUUUUUUUUUUUUCUGCAUCCUGUGAAACUAGUGAGGUAACUAAUCUAUAUUAUAUAAUCAUGAAAAAUGUUGAGAAAGUGCAUAAUUUUUACAGAAACCAUUAAGGUGCUGUUUUUGUAAUGUUUUGUAUUAAAUCUUUCAACAAGCAUUUUUUUUUUUUUCUCCACAUUACCUGAACAACCAUAGUCACCUUCGAGCCUAGUAUGGUAUAAUGAACAGCCACAUUAGGAGUGAGCUGUGAUUGCUGUUCUGUAUGUCUAGAUGCUUGACCUCCCAAUGCUGACCCUUUCCAGUUGAGAGUCUGUCCUCCUGAAAAAGAAGUUGGUUUGCUCAUUGGAUGUUGCUGUGAGUUUUAGGCUCUAUUUUGUAACUGGUCCUUGUCUGGAUCUGCUUGCACAGAACCCAUAUGCCCGAGCUGCAUUCCUGCUCAGGAAGGAAGUUAAAUUGUCCAGAGAAUCACAUUAUAUUAGAACACAGAAGUAGCUGAGAUUUACAGGCAGUAUUUUAUUUAUUUUAUUGUUGCAUUUAUAUUUAUAGAGAAAAUAGUCUUUGGAGCAACUGGGGAAUAUACACUCCAAUAGCCAUACCACAAAGUAUCAAAGCUCUUCUAGUAGGGACAUUGCCACCUGGACAGAAGUGGAAUAUAGAGCAAGGAUGGUUGGAGGAGACCAACAAAAAAAUGUUAAUAUCAUGGGUAUUCCGUGUUUGUUUAUUUUUUUUGGUGCCCUAGUGAUAAGUGUUGGCAUACUGUAUUCCUCAGCAAUGAGUUGACUUCCACAGCUCUGUCUUAAUAAAGUUCCACAUGCUUUUGGAACUAGCUUACCUAAGGAACUGCUCUUGUCUUGUUCCUACACUAUAAUUCUCUGAACUUCCAAGGGCCCGUUGACUGUCCACCUAACCUCCUGCUCCUAAGUGAAGGGAAUUAAAAAAGAAAAGACCUGCCAGCAUUUGGAAAAAGCAAUCUGCAUGUCUAGGCAGAGCAGGCUUGCGUAGAGGGGAUCCCUCCCCUAUGCUUAAAUAGUAGAAAGGAUUGGAAAUGUUUAGUGUACUAAUUAAAUACUGUAUUAUGUCAAAUUAAUGCACAACUCUGGCUAUGUCCAUGCGACGCCCCCCAAAGAGACUGCAGCCUCAAUCCACAGUGUAAUACAAAGUAAUGUACACACACCUUACUAAGCAAAUUUUAUUUAAUGGUACAGUCCUGACAGUCAACCCAAGAACUACUUACAGGCACAGCAGUCCUUCAUGUCCCUUUUUUUAAUUUUUCUUUUUUUUUUUUUUCCCCCCCAAGCAGAGUUCAGUGCCAACACAGCAGGGUAUAAAACAAGGGCUUUUUACCUUGUCCUCAGCUUGGAUGAUGAAAACUUAAACUCAGAGGAACUUAGAGCUUUGCUGGUCACUAAGUGCUAUUUUCAAAGCUGGCUGAAGAUAUCUUCUUGUAGGGGGUUUAGUUUUAUUUUUCUUAUUCAAUUGGAAUAUUACUCAGUCCUCUACAAUUUACAUAAAAAAUGGCCUAUCAUUUAAGAAGAUUUAGUUUGUUUCUCUUAGAGAAAUUACAAACAAGCACAUAAAUUACAAUGAGAAAAAAAUAACCAAGUAGGAUA